AUGGGCAAGGAUUACUACAAAGUAUUGGGAAUUGCAAAGGGGGCCAGUGAUGACGAGAUUAAGAAGGCAUACCGUAAAAUGGCUUUGAAAUAUCAUCCAGACAAAAACAAAGAACCUGGUUCAGAAGCAAAAUUUAAGGAAGUAGCAGAAGCAUACGAUGUAUUGUCGGAUCCAAAGAAGAAAGAGAUAUAUGAUAAAUUCGGAGAAGAUGGAUUAAAAGGAGGAGAGGGAGGAUUCGGAUGUCCUGGUGGUGUGCAUUACGAAUUCCAAGGAGACCCGAUGCAAAUGUUUGCACAGUUCUUUGGUGGUAGUGAUCCAUUUUCUACAUUCUUUGCUAGUGGAUCCACUACUGGUGGUAGUGGACCGCAACUUUUCUUCUCAACUGGUGGCGAUGAUAUGCAUUUCGACUUUCCAGGAAUGCCUUUUGCUAUGGGUGGUCAUUCACGGCGCCAGCGUCAAGAUCCUGUUGUGCAGCAUGAACUAUUGGUCUCUCUAGAGGAUAUUUAUAAGGGCUGUACCAAAAAAAUGAAAAUUACAAGGAAGGUGUUAGCUCCCGAUGGGCAGUCAACAAGGAUAGAAGAUAAAGUACUGACAAUCAAUAUUAAGCCUGGUUGGAAGAGUGGAACUAAGAUCACGUUUCCCAAAGAAGGAGACCAACAUCCAGGGCGUGUUCCUGCUGACAUAGUGUUUGUUAUCAAAGACAAGCAUCAUCCUAAAUUCAAGCGAGAAGGUGCGGAUAUCCGAUAUGUACACAAGCUGGCGCUACGCGACGCUCUAUGUGGAACGGUUGUUCAUGUACCAACUUUGGAUGGUACGACAUAUCCGAUGCGUAUCAACGACAUCAUUAGACCAAAUACUUCUAGAAGGUUGACAGGGCAAGGCUUACCGAAUCCUAAAAUGGCUGGACGACGAGGUGAUUUAAUUGUUGAGUUUGAUGUGAAAUUUCCAGAUUCACUUCCAUUAGCAUCGAAAGAACUGAUAAUGAAUGCAUUGCCAGCGUGA